UAAGAACGGGGACUGCGGGGAAGAUUUUCUCGGUCGAACGCUGUUUUGACGGGUUAUUUGAUGUAGGAUCAUGCCGGGAGUUGGGCUGCUGUGUCGCGUAGGAUUGCGGCGGUUGGUACCUGGAGGCAUCCUUGGUUCAAUUCCCGGGACAGCGGAGGCUGCGGAAGUUGGACCUAGAGGGCGGGGCCUAUGGUUGGUCACAGUUCGGCAUAUUAUUUAUAAUACCACAUGGUGGGAUGAGCAUCUUUCAGAAGAAAAUGCUGAGUUCCUUAAGAAACUUUCAACAGAAGAACAUAAAGCUCAAAUUGCUAGUAAACUUUGUCCUCUGAAAGAUGAACCUUGGCCUCUGCACCCAUGGGAGCCAGGUUCUAGAAGAGUCGGUGUUAUUGCAGUAAAGUUGGGAAUGAUGCCGUUAUGGACCAAGGAGGGUAAAAAAAUACCUGUCACAAUGCUUCAGGUUCAAGACUGCCAUGUUUUAAAGUAUACACCUAAAGAAGAAUUUGAUGGAAAAUCUCCCGCUCUAACUGUUGGAGGGAAAAAUGUGUCUGAGUUCUAUAGAAAACCCUCUGUCAUGGAGAUGUACAGAGAACUAGGACUCCCACCGAAACAGAAAAUUUCAAUAUUUCGAGUGUCACCUAAUGCUAUCAUUAAGCCAGGUACACCCCUAUAUGCAGCUCAUUUCCGCCCUGGGCAACACGUGGACAUCACUGCAAAAACAAUUGGCAAAGGCUUCCAGGGAGUCAUGAAAAGAUGGGGAUUUUCUGGCCAGCCUGCUUCCCAUGGCCAAACUAAAACACACAGACGACCUGGAUCAAUUUCUAGUUCUGGUGUUGCAAAGGUCUUCAAGGGAACGAAAAUGCCAGGAAAAUUAGGGAACUUCUUCCGGACAGUUAAGGGUCUAAAGAUAUGGCAAGUCAAUGUGAAGCACAAUAUCUUGUAUGUACAUGGAAGUGUUCCUGGUCAUCAGAAUUGCUUAGUAAAGGUCAGUGAUACAAUUUUACCAGUUUACCAAGAUGCCCUUAAGAAUUCACCAUUUCCAACCUUUUUUGCUGAUUCCGAAGAGCUGCCUGAUGAACUAUAUGACGAGGAGCUUUUCCAGUUCACCGAACCCUCCAUCACAUUCUCUGAGUCCUGAGGAACUAAUAGUGAUUCUCUCUUCAGUCUGGAGAACUAAGCAAAGAGCCCUCACUGAAGAGUCCUCUGACUUCCAUUAGAUGGUGCCCACAUAAUCCUGGAUCAUUACCGUCAAGCAAGUUUUGAUUUCCAGACCCAGAACCAUUAAAAUAAAAAUAGUUCUGUCUACUGGAGAGAAGCUACCAGAUGAUAAAUUAUCAUUAGCGUGUUAGCACAUUAAGAUGAUUUACAUAAUAAACAAGUAUUUUUUUUUUCA